ACCCCCCAGUGAAUUCACUCGCGGGAUUGAGUCAGUUGGUCUGAGUCAGUCAGCCUGGUCAGCUCUGGUUUUAAACGGAGAGAGACACGCGCUGUGCUCGCGCACAAUGUGUACAAUGAGCAUUUCGGAGCUGCAGUUUACACGCCGACUAUAGGCAGCCUUAAGAAAGCCCUUUUUUCACUCCCUUUUUUAGCCAUCACUUGCAUUAUUAUAAUAAUAUAUGUAAUCAGAAAAAAUUUCUAUUCACAUUUUCACUUCGUUAUUUGAAAAAGGAAAGCACUUUCGCGACGCGACGCUGUUUUAAAAUACACAUGCAGUUGUUGUUGUUAUAGAAAAUUUCGUGUUUUCAGUUUUCUCUCACAUGUGUCUUGUGAUCUCACUUUUAUUAUACUUUUCAAUCAAAUUUUAUUUUUGACGAAAAUAAUAAAAAAAACAAUGUUUUGAAUUAUAAAUUCAAUAUCCGGCCUGUCACAAAUUGGAUUUUCGGACCGGAAGACUGUCAUUUCUACAGGCCGUUGUCCCGAGGUCCUAACGUGAUUAUAUACAAACCGGUAUCUCACAUCAAAGAGACACACAAUAACUAACAAAAAGGAAAAAGUUUGAAGAAAGAGGAAAUAAUGUUGGAAAAAAAUUGUGUAUUUUUCCUUGAACUUCAACGCAUGAAGCACUAACAAUAUUUGAUUGGGUUCAAACAAUUUCCGGAAGGAAAAAAAAAGAAGAAGACGAAGAAGAGCAGAAAUCCAAUUUUCACGUGCUCGACGUUACACCGACGAGUGAUUGGUCCACUUGAGAAAAAAUCUAACUCAGGAGAGGAGAUUAUUCAAAACAAUAACCAAAACAACCACAGCACAAUUAACACACUUCUACUGCCCAAAGUAAAAACUAGAGGCGUGCAAGAAAAAACUGCUGGCAGCCAAUAUUGAUCCAUUAUUGCUAAAUAAUGGUGACCAUUGGCAAUUUCCCAAUGGGUUUCAGACCUGCAAACCGUAAAAAUUGUGGAAUUAUUUAUGAAUGGAUGGAGGUUCGACGGAGAAGUUGGGUGGAAUCGGCCGGAAUCUGGAAAAUUUGGAAGGAUGGAGGACCAACUCCAGAAUUGCAAUCUGGAGCUUUGUCCUCUUCGGUUCCCUCAUAUUAAAUGCCACUCUCCUUCUCGCAUUCGUCAAACGUCCUGGACUUCGCACGAUUUCCAACAGAUUCGUGAUGAACCUCACGGCAUCGAAUUUACUGACCUGCGUCCUAUUGGCUGUCCUUGUCAUUCUCAACGACACAACGACAGCGUAUACACAAAGUCUUUGCGUAAUAUCCGAAGGUGGAUCAGCCCUGGUGACAACAUCCUCGAUUCUCACUGUUCUAUUCAUCGCUUUAGAUCAAUAUUUCGCUGUUGUCGAUCCAUUACGCUAUCGAAGUCGUGUAGACAAAAUAAAAUGCGGCCUCUUAAUUGCUACCGUGUGGAUUAUUGCCGCAAUCUUCGCAUCUCUCGCCGCAUUCAAUCCAAAUCCACGUAGCAUUUGGCAGAGUUGCGAAAAACAAUCAAAUUUUACUGUACAAACAUUCUUUGAUAAUUUCACCAGUUAUCUCGAUAUUACCGACGAUGAUAACGACAAUGACGAUGAUUAUAAUUUUGGUAAAUCACUUGAGGAACUGGAGAAUACCACAGCACAAUUGAGAGCUGCCUUUAUGGAGAGCCCUCGUGAUUAUGACCCAACAAUUUUGGAAUUUGAAUCAACAUUCAGAAAAAUCGAGUCAAAUUUCACUUACGGUGUUGUUUAUUCGAUUGGUUUUGGAAUAUUCAUCUACCUAAUACCAUUUCUCACAGUUUGCUGGAUUUACAUAAGUAUUUAUUCGGCAGCGAGAAAAAAUUCAGAGCGCACCAGACGAACUGGUUCGAGACCAAUUUUAUCGUCUGGAAGUUUUUGCGAAGAUUACUGUCCCAUUAAACAAGAGAAUAGUGCAAUUGUUGUUGAGGAAAUACGUAGUAAACUACCGAAAAUCUCGAGUCUCUCAUCAAUCGAUGAGAAUAUCGAACCUAGUCAAAUGACACGUAGCAAAAGUUCGGAACUAAUAUCAUCAUCAACAAUUCAGAUUGAAGAUGAGAAGCAAAUUGUUGCAGCAGUGAUAUUCACCGUUGGCUCACAGGAAGUGGCAACGCAACGGAAUAAUGAAAGCGAUAAUACCAAAGAUACAUCCAAAGUUGCUCCUCCUAUUGCCAGUCUUAAGGCCAAAUUCCUCGAGGAUAAAACAAAUCUAAUUGACGAACAAUUAAAGAGUAAAUUUCCCGAACUCAAUGAACAGAGGAGAAAAUCAUCCCAUGAUCUCAUGUACGAGGAGAUGAUACUUAAGAGAAAAUUGAGUUGCAUUAGUGAUUCUUGUGAGGAGAGUAGUGAGGACGAUGAGGAGAUGCUCUCAUUUAUCACCAAUAAAGAACUUAAGGUCCUGAAUUCCAUUCACAAUACGACAAAGGAGAAACUUGACAUUGAAUCACAAAAUAAUAUUUUAUCAUCAAAUGGAGAGAUUUUAAUUGAGAACCGAAGAUAUUUGAAUGUAUCGAGUAUUCCAUUGAAUGGUAAAUGUAAUUCAAAAAUAUCACUCGCCUCAGCAAAUACUGAAUCAUCAUCGACAAAUUUAUUAUCAGCACCACAGAAUACACCAAUUGUCACCAUAACACCACCGUAUAAAGUUCCUCUUCAUCGAAUAUCAAGUAUUCGCAGUACCUCAAGUUAUAUUAAUUCAUUGAAAUAUAAAAUUAGUAAUGGUUCAAUAUUUAAAUAUCGUGAGGAGACACGAGCCGCUAGAAUAAGUGCAAUUGUGAUAGUUAUGGGAUUAAUAUGUUGGACACCGUAUGUUGUUGUAUUAAUAAUUGGCAAUUUAAUCGAUAGAAAUUGUUUAGAUUUGAAAAAUUUCAAUACAAUUGUACUGAGUUUUCUUGUACUCGCAACAUUCGUUAGUCCAUUAUUAUUUGGCUAUCGUUCAAAACGAGUGAAACGUGAAUUGAGAAAAUUCUUUUGUUUCCGAAAGGAAUUAUCGUAUAAAAAUAAUCGAAGUUUAAUGGCCAAGAAGGUACUUAAGAGAAGACAUAGCGGAAAUCUUAGUCAGUUUGAAAUGGAGUCAAAGUAUAAUAUUUUGAAUUGCGUUUAUGGAAAGACAAAGUGGCCAAAGGAUAAGGUACAAUUUGUGCAGGUACCGGAAACUGCACUUUCGGUUGAGACGUGUAGAAGUAGCUUUUCCAGUGGUGCAAGCACACAAAUUUCGAGUACUUCGACCGAUGAAUGUUGAUUGUACUCUUAAUUUUUUCUCUCUCGAAUUUUUUAUUUUAUUUUGAAAAAUUAUUUGCUAAAGUAUUUUCAUCCUCUUGGAAAAUUAUCAGGUUUGACUUUAUAUAAAGUCUACUCCCCCAUAGUUUACUCAACUUCAAAAUUUUCUCACUUAAAAGAAGUGGGAAAAUACAUGAAUAUUUCCCUGAAAGUUUAUUCGAAUUUUGAUGUUGGUCGUGGUCGUUAAAGCAUUUUUGAAUUAGAAUUACAUCGUGUGUUCGAGUCUUCCUAAAGUUGAAAUUUUUCUCGUCGCAUUUUUAAUUCAAAAUUAAAUAUCUACUUAACGGAAUUUUUUCUGUAGUGAAUUUAAAUUCAUCUAAAUUUAAACUUAACGGACUUUUUCCGAAACGGAAUUAAAAAAUUUCUUUCAAUUGAAUUAAAAGAAUGUUGAAUUUGUCAUUUUUCGCAGUCGUUAAGGCAUUUUCGCAUAAAAACCAUUUUUGCAUAAAAACGUGGUGUGUUCGAGUGUCCAAGUCUUCCUAAAGUUGAAAUUUUUCUUUUCCGCAUUUUUUAUAAACUUUUAAUC